AUAAGUUGAAGAAACAUGGCGACGUCUAAUUUGUUAAAGAACAAAGGGUCUCUGCAGUUUGAGGACAAGUGGGAUUUGAUGCGGCCCAUCGUUCUCAAGCUGCUGAGACAGGAGGCCGUCACCAAGCAACAGUGGUUCGACUUGUUCUCAGACGUCCACGCUGUGUGUUUAUGGGAUGAUAAAGGACCAGCAAAAAUCCAUCAAGCCCUCAAAGAAGACAUCCUAGACUUUAUCAAACAAGCACAGGCUCGUGUGCUGAGCCACCAGGACGACACAGCGCUGCUAAAAGCUUACAUUGUGGAGUGGAGGAAGUUCUUCACUCAGUGUGACAUCCUACCAAAACCUUUCUGCCAGCUGGAGAUCACACUGAUGGGGAAACAGGGGAGCAACAAGAAAACAAACAUGGAGGACAGCAUCGUACGCAAGCUGAUGCUUGACACGUGGAACGAGUCAAUCUUUUCCAACAUUAAGAGUCGCCUGCAGGACAGCGCCAUGAAGCUCGUGCAUGCAGAGAGGCAGGGGGAGGCGUUUGAUUCCCAGCUGGUUAUAGGUGUACGAGAGUCGUACGUGAACUUGUGUUCGAAUCCAGAGGACAAGCUGCAGAUCUACAGAGAUAACUUUGAGAAAGCAUAUCUUGACUCCACAGAGAGAUUUUAUAGAACACAAGCACCGUCCUACCUGCAACAGAAUGGCGUCCAGAACUACAUGAAAUAUGCAGAUGCAAAGCUGAGAGAAGAGGAGAAGAGAGCACUUAGAUAUUUAGAGACACGUCGUGAAUGUAAUUCUGUUCAAGCACUUAUGGAGUGUUGUGUAAACGCUUUGGUAACGUCUUUUAAAGAGACCAUUCUCGCUGAAUGUCCGGGGAUGAUCAAAAGAAAUGAAACGGACAAGCUGCACCUGAUGUUUUCAUUAAUGGACAAGGUUCCCAAUGGAAUAGAGCCAAUGCUUAAAGACCUGGAAGAACAUAUUAUCAAUGCUGGAUUAGCAGACAUGGUGGCUGCUGCCGAGACUAUCACUACUGACUCUGAGAAGUAUGUGGAGCAGUUGUUAACUUUAUUUAACCGCUUCAGUAAACUUGUAAAGGAGGCCUUCCAGGACGAUCCUCGCUUCCUCACAGCAAGAGAUAAGGCUUAUAAAGCUGUCGUCAAUGAUGCAACAAUCUUCAAAUUAGAGCUACCUAUGAAACAGAAAGGUGUGGGAAUGAAAACCCAGCCAGAGUCAAAGUGUCCUGAGCUGCUAGCAAACUACUGUGAUAUGCUACUGAGAAAAACUCCUCUAAGCAAGAAACUCACCUCAGAGGAAAUCGAGCUAAAACUCAAAGAAGUGCUCCUGGUGUUAAAGUACGUCCAGAAUAAAGAUGUGUUCAUGCGAUACCACAAAGCUCACCUGACCAGACGCCUGAUUCUGGACAUUUCUGCAGACAGUGAGAUUGAGGAGAACAUGGUUGAGUGGCUGAGAGAAGUAGGAAUGCCUGCAGAUUAUGUGAACAAGCUGGCCAGGAUGUUUCAGGACAUCAAAGUCUCAGAAGACCUCAAUCAGGUCUUUAAGGAGAUGCACAAACACAACAAGCUGGCGCUGCCAGCGGACAGUGUGAACAUUAAGAUCCUGAAUGCUGGUGCUUGGUCACGAAGCAGUGAGAAGGUUUUUGUGUCUCUCCCCACUGAGUUGGAGGAUCUGAUCCCUGAGGUGGAGGACUUCUAUAAGAGGAAUCACAGUGGUCGCAAACUCCACUGGCAUCACCUCAUGUCCAAUGGCAUUAUCACCUUUAAAAAUGAGGUUGGACAGUACGACCUGGAGGUGACCACGUUUCAGCUGGCAGUUCUGUUCGCCUGGAACCAGAGACCCAGAGAGAGAAUAAGCUUUGAGAACCUGAAACUAGCUACAGAGCUGCCAGACGCAGAGCUACGCCGAACGCUAUGGUCUCUGGUUGCCUUCCCCAAACUGAAGAGACAAGUGUUGUCUUACGACCCUCCAGUCAGCUCGCCCAAAGACUUCACCGACAGCACGCUCUUCUAUGUUAACCAGGAGUUCUCACUCAUAAAAAACUCCAAAGUCCAGAAGCGGGGUAAGAUCAAUCUGAUUGGUCGACUGCAACUGACCACUGAGCGAAUGAGAGAGGAGGAGAAUGAAGGAAUUGUUCAGCUUCGAAUACUCAGAACUCAGGAGGCCAUCAUUCAAAUCAUGAAGAUGAGGAAGAGGAUCAGCAAUGCACAACUGCAGACGGAGCUGGUAGAGAUCCUGAAGAACAUGUUCCUGCCUCAGAAGAAGAUGAUCAAGGAGCAGAUCGAGUGGCUCAUCGAACAUAAAUACAUAAAGAGGGACGAGGCUGACAUCAACACCUUCAUCUACAUGGCCUAGACAGACAAGGAGGGAGCGCUUUCUUGCUCUGUUUUUUACUCCUGGCCUGUGAUCAGCGCUUUAAAAACCUGCAGGGGGGCGGUGAUGAAGAACAAAAGGAUGUGUUUGAGGAAAAGGAUAAUGGUGAUGAUACAAAUGGAGCGUGUCAAGGAUAAGAUGGAGCCUCUCAGCAGAGGUUUGGGUAGUGUUUUGUGUUUGUGAGACACCAGUUAUUCAUUGGAGCAUCUUUUCGAAGCGUAGAUUUAAGUCAUGGGACUGUUUGUCUGUCUCUGCUGCCGUCUAGUGUUGAUCAGAGGGAAAGGACUGCAGCGUGUGCCAUUUGCCUGCAGCUCAAAAGAAAAAUAGAGUGACAUAAUUAAAAAAUUAAAUACUUCCUGCCUUACUUUCAUCAGCAACAGACUGCAAAAGAGGAGGAGAACCGAGGAUGGAAGGGAGAACAAAUGUUACAAGCUGAUAUCAAUCUUUUGCUUUCACUAAAUGCCACAGCUGCCAUCUUAACAGCAGCCAUUUUUGCAUCCCUUAUAUUUUACAUCUGUCUUAUUUUUGAACUGGGAAUGCAAAAAAUCUACACGUGAAAGCUGCCAUUAUAGGAGUCGUGGACAAUGAUGGAGAGAUUAGUUGAAACUACCGAGGAGUAUUUUGCCAAAUUGUGUGUUUGAAUGUGUGUGAAGGUGAGUGUGGAUGCUUUUGGGUGCAUGGUGUGCAUCUAGUCUUUUAGAUGUUUGUAUGUGUGCACUUUCAACAGCAUGCUGCUUUAUGAUUUUUGUUUUGUUCAGUGGAGGAUCUGUCACACUUUGUGGUUAUGUCUAUGAAUGUUGGGAGAGUAAGACCAGCCACCAGUUAAAUCCUGAUAUUUAGUUUUUCUAUUAGGUUUAGUUCGUCGACAGGUAAUCAAGUACUACCUGGAGACCCCUGUUUGUUUUCUGUGAACUAUUUAUUUGGUUUGUAAAACCUGUGAUAUGAAAAUGGUGAGGGUGAACACCAAUUGAAUAUUUAAAAGAAGGAAACAUUUAGAGUUGUAACCGGGUACCUACAGUAAUAACAAAAUAAAACAAACACUAAUUUCUAACCCUUAAUGACAACAAAAGGCAAAAGUAUUUUCAUCAUCUACGGUAAAAAUCCUGUAAAACCAAGGGUAUCAUUUUCUACUAGAUUUAAAACAGGGCUUGGAAAUACUUUUAUAUUUUUUAACUAAAUAAUAAAUGAAACAUGAUAUGCAUCUCUAUAUUUAGGUUCAUGUUACUAUCUUCAAUCUUCCUACAAAAGCAGGUCUGUAUCCAAACAGGAAGUGUUAGAUUAAGACUGUAGAGUAACCUAAAAUUGCACAAAAACAGUUUUGAACGCAAAAUAGUUGAAUUCUAAAAUGUGAUGAAAAUGUAUGAGAUUAAUCACGAUUUCCAAUGGAAAUUCAGAGAUUAAUCCUUUGACAGCCCUAGUUUUUCAAGACCAGGAAUUGCAGGUGACUCCUACUGACUGUCUGAAUUGUACAAAAAAUGGCAACAUUUCUAGGGAUGCAGGGUACUGGAUUUUUUGACGGUAACCAAUAUGUUGUCAAAGAAUCAGACUAAAAUAAGUAUGUAGGUCAAGCCCAAAACUCCACUGACUUAUUUGUUCAUAUGGCUGAUAUUUAUGGCUGAUAUAGGCAGAUUUUUAUAGCAAAAAAAUUGGUUGUAGAUGCCAGCAGAAAUUGUCAUAUGUGCUGAUACUGACAUCCUGCUAAUAAUGUUGUGCAUCCAUAAACAUUUUAGUAUAAUGAGGUUAUGAAAAAAGUUACAUGCUUAAAUACCACACGUUUCAAAAAUGAUAAACCCUCCAUUAUUUCUUUCUUUCUUUUUAAAAUUGAUUUUAAACAUAAUCUUUCAGGCUUUUGGCCUUUUAUUUUGAUAGGACAACUGGUGAGUGACAGGAAAUACAGAGAGAGAGAGAGAGAGAAAGAGAGUGUAGAAAGGCUUGCACCAAACAGUGCCAGGAUUGGGAUCCAGUGCAUCAAUAAUAAGUGUUCCUGCUCUGCUAACUGAGCUGAAUUAGCACCAGAAUCUCCUUUAUAUAAAUGAUCGGCUGUGUUGAAAAGUACAGAGACUUGGUGAUUCUCCGUCGUAUUUUUAACCAAAAGAAAGAGAGCAACUUCCCAGUUCACGCAAUUUUACAAAUAUUGCCAAUAUGUCUGUGCAAUUCAGACUGUGUGCAGGAGUUCGUCUGCAAUUUUUGAUGAUGAAAAACAAUAAAAUAUCUGAUAUUGGGAGUCUAGGACUUAUGGUAUCAAACAGGGAGCAGUAUCAUUUGAUUUUUACUAGUGAUAUAAAUGCUGCAAAAUUAAAUCGAAUUGACAAAAUGAUAGUUCCUCAAAUAGAUUUCAAAUUGAUUAUUUUAUGGACAGUGAGCAUAUAACUGUCAGUAGUCCAACUUUUCUAUUGAGCGAUAUGCCUUGCAUCUUUUUUCUUUAAAAUCAACAUGAACAUAAAUGUAUUGAUGUAACUCUAUAUCUCAUUUGAAAAUAUAUCUCUAUAUCUUUAAAACUUGGGAUAUUGCCCAGUCCCACUUUUAACUUAUAAAGCUGCUGUUUUUUUACUUUCUCCCUCAGGAUAAUACUCUAACAGCAUUUUUAGAGUUUUUCACACCCUCACUUCUCCAUAUCUGCCCAAACUCAUGACACCACAAUCUUAAACAGAAACGUCUCUCAUUCUUAAAGUGACUAUUGAAGCAAAGCAGCCACUGGAGGAAGUUGCCUGUCGUCCUAUUGGAUUACAUGCUACUGUGUUUUGAGAUGAUUUUGGAUGUUUUUUUAUGCCUUUGUUGUUACAGUAAUGUCGGAAAACAGGGGUAGAAGAGUGUGGAGUUCAGUCUAGUGGAGCACGUACCCAUGAGAGACACAGCAUUUAGCUGAAUCAAAGAUUACCCCAAGGUUUCAAGCUUCCUGACUUUGGUUUUGCCCUAUCUUGUGUAGUUUAGGGGUCCAUAUCUCUCUGUGAGCUUCAAACUACUAAUUAAAGUUCGGUUUUCUUCUGGUUGAGCUGCAAAAAUGUCAUGACAUCCAGGGUUUCAUAUCUAAAAGACAGUAAAAAAGUGAUCAUUUGUCCAUUUGUCAGGAGCCACAUAGAGCUGAGUGUCAUCAGCAUAACUGGGAAGGGAUGACACCACCAUGGGGGAAUGUGUAGAAAUUAAAAAGUAAAGGUCCUUAAAUUGAACCUGCUGAAUACCUCACUCUGUUUGAAAGGAUGGUCUUCAAUUAAAACAAAAUAAUAAUAUGAGGUGAACCAGAGAGGGCUGUGUGCCAUCUCAAUCUGUCUGACAGAAUCUGGUGGUCCACAGUACCAAAAGCAGCACCAGAACCAACAGCUUAUUGUCAGAUUUAUUCUGAUAUAAUUUACUACUUUAUUCAUCAGGGCUGUCUCAGUGCUAUGAUGUGUCCUAAAACCAGAUGUAAACAAAAUAAGGUCAACAUUUCACCACAAAGCACUGAAAAGACUUGGCCAUGAAGAAAGUUUGUCUAAUCGGAAGGAACAAAGUAAUUUACUUUGAGGAAGCUCUGAUUGGUGGGUCAGUGGACCAGUCAGGAAGCCAAUGAGGGGUCAGUUUUAUAGAAACAUAAAAGACAUUUAAGAUGGUUGAAUGUGCAUAUUUAAAGUUUUAUUCAAAGACUUUAUCACUACGACACAAAUCACUUGAAUCUAUUUUGCAGGAUGUGAGAAACGGUGGUAAAUAACAUUACUGCCUUUAUAGUGUUUUUUCCCACAAUUUUAAAUCUUCUAGGAUCCUGACUGACUCAAGCUUGGUGAUGUUUGAAUGCAGUUAUAGUUACAGGAAAUGGAGAUGUGGUGUCUGUGUGAGUCCUCCAGUGGCUAAUUUUAGGCUGUUAAAAAGUCUCUGAAAUUAAAAGUCAUCAGCUUAAGAGUGCAGGGUCUGACUGCUCUGCUGGUCAAUGAAUUAGAUUUGAAAAUACAUAUUCUCAGAAGCUCUUGAAGCAUUUCUCUCCAGGCACUUGUGAAGAGUGCAUGUAAAAAACACUGUAUUGUAAAAACUGAAUUACUACCCCUUCUUUCUUUCAUUACGUUAUUUGUGAGAACAUCUUGUUGAUCUCUAAAUCAUGCUAGCGGACCGUAAAGUCAUGUGAUCAGAGGGGAAGAGGACAGACAACAGUGAAUGUGUCAGAUGUAUUCUUUUCAUAUUUAUUCUGUAUUUAUGAAGAAUGUUGCUUUCUCUGUCAGUAAAAUGUUCCUGUUUCUUUCUA